GAUGAUCAGACACGUUUGAUUCCAGAGCACGAAGAAGCAGAAAAAACCAAUAGCAAUGUGCAGAACUACAGCGUCAUACAGUACUCUCAGAUAUUAAAGGUAUGCCUACUGUGACAAGACCGGUGUCCGCCCAUCAUGGGUAUAUGGCUCUUAUGGCCGAGGCGUUUGCUGUGCUCCUAUACUUUCAACGUGACUCCGUCCGACGAUGUGAUCGCCUUGCCGAUUACGCGCUCCCAGCUUGGUCGAGUCGUACGGCACAUCGCCCAAAUUUGUCAGAUCGCGCCAGCGCUGUCACUGGUCAGCGUGCACAUGAGUGGUAAUCGCAAAGCACUCCGUUGAUGAAUAACCCGCUGCACCGUCAGUCCCGACAUGACGUCAAGCCGACGAAUCGGAACGUCGGCGCGGGCAGAUGCUCGCCAGGCAUCAAAAACGCGCUGAUACGCUCGCGGCGCCAUCUGGCGCCAGAUAGGAAUACAACUUCUCGUAGCGAGGAGCAGUGCUUGCCCCAAGAGCUCAGGUACGCUUCUUCGCGUGCACGAGGAGGCUGUGAGCCCGAACCGCUGGCCGCUGAGCCCGGUCGACUAAUAGGAAAGGGCGACGGGAGAGGGGUCGGCA